AUGUGUCCAGCAAGUAUUGUACUUUGUUUAACAUUUCUACUUGUUGCUUCGUUUUCGAAACCUCAGAAUGAUUUUACGAAUGGCAAUGAGCAGAGUGACAACUCGACGGUGCAAUCUGAUCCUCUCCUAAAUUCUAUAAAAUAUCGAAAUGAAGAGAUGAAAUUAACAAGAUGCAAUUUACAUAAAAAUUCUAUUAAGAAUAAUGAUGAAAUGCAAUAUGAAUCCUGUAUUAAUUCUACAAAGAACAAUUGCAAGAAUGACUCGGUGCGAUGCGAGUCUCGUGAACAUAUAAUAAAAAAUCUAGAAGAUAAUAAUCAGACAUCUACGAAGUUCUAUAUAAAUUCGACAGAGAUCAAUAAUUUCACAUUACAAGAAAUUAAAGAAAAUUUCACCAAAAUUGAAGACAAGAAUAAUUCCAUAUUGUACAAACUCAAUUCCAAUAGAAUAAUUAAAACUACUUUUGUUGAAUACAGAGCAUGCGAUGAUAGUAUUACUUGUAUUCAGUUCUGUUGUCCUUUUGGUAACAUCUUGACGAUAAAGGGACAUUGCAUCUCUCGUGGAGAGGAUAAUUACGCUCUUCCAAAUAUAUACGGGAACAAUUCCGAGGAUGAAACGGUCGACGAACUAUUUUUGACUGUUCGCGAUCCGUGCAUUGCAAAAGGAUAUGAUCGCGAAUUUCUUUUUCCUAAUACAUACUUGUUUCUCACCAAUGGCUCUUUGUACAAUAAUCAUAAUGGCGAACACAUUUCACCAAAGUCUUAUUGUUUUGCUAUUAUGUUUCGGGACACAUAUGAUGUGUUUGUUUGUGAAAAUCGGACUACACUUCCAGUAUUUAUAUCCAUGUGCCUACUAUUGUCUUUGCCGUUUCUGCUGUUGACGUUCAUAAUAUAUUCCAUAUUGCCAGAAUUCCAAAAUAUCCAUGGUUAUACAUUGCGUGCACACGUGGGUUCAUUAUUCAUCACAUACGCGAUUAUGUGUUUUGGCCAAGUUUUUGGAUUAAGUGAAGUGAAAUAUUGCGUUGUACUAGCAUAUAUCUUCAACUUCUUCUUUUUGUCAAGUUUUUUUUGGUUAAAUGUAAUAUGCUUCGAUAUUUGGUGGAAAUUUAGAGAUCUCCGUCCGCUCCGUCGAUAUCGAACAAAAACAAAGCAUAAAAAGAAACUUAUAGUAUAUUCGAUCUAUGCAUGGGGAGUCACUAUUAUUCUUAACGUUAUCUGCGCCAUUAUGGAUAAUAUUUCCCUACCAGAAAAUUUGAUCCGACCAGAAAUUUGCGAAAAAAGAUUUUGGUUCGGUGAAAAUGAAGCAAAAACAUUAUAUUUUUACGUACCCAUAAGUGUUACUAUUAUCAGUAAUAUUUUUUUUUUCAUCCGCACAACACUAACAAUUCUGUAUCAGAAAAUACAUAUAGCUAAUCUGUUAAGAGAUUGUGAGAUCAUGCGCCACGAUGAAAAUAAGCAAUGGUUUAAUAUGUACCUGAAGCUGUUCAUAGUGAUGGGAAUAACUUGGGUUUUGGAGAUAAUGUCGUGGAUCGAUAUUGGUGCUGAUAUUGUACCACAGUUUAUCUGGUAUCCCGCCGACAUCGUAAAUGCCUUGCAAGGUCUCACCAUUUUCAUCAUAUUUGUGUGUAGAAAAAAGACCCUGCAAACAUUAUUAAAACAACUUGACUGGCAGAUUUGCGAUCCAUUUAAGAUUCGAACAAGGUGUAUAGUUGUCUCGAAUACUACUACAUCCACUAGGAGGUCCGGAACAAUGCCCAUGCAACAAAUCGGUCACUCUAAUUAACAGCUAAUCAUCUUGCAAAGUUCAAUUAGUCCUACUCAUAAAUGUUGCAAUGCAAAGAGAAAAUUCUAU